AUGGAGAAAAAGCUCAGAAGGGUUUCCAAAGCCUGUGACUUCUGCCACAAACGAGCCCGCAAAUGCAAGCUACCAUCGGCUGAGGGAUCGCUCUCAUGCCUGACGUGCCCCGAGCACGACGUGCCCUGCACAUGGACCAGGGUCACGGCCAAGCGAGGUGUCAAGCCUCGCUCGGGCAGAGUGGCCCAGCAGAACACGAAUCAAUCUUGUGGUGUUGGCCCGUGGAUCUACGAUCAGCGGAUUCACGGCCCAAGGGAUACUGUCCGCACACUUAUAGACACAUUCUUCCAGACCGUGUAUCCCGUGUUUCCCAUAUUUGAUCAGCAACCACUUCUUCUAGAGUGGCACAGAUCAGACCUUUCCUCGGACCGGUGCUCCUUCUCUUAUCUGAUGGGCCUAUGUGCUCUCAGCCUGUCUCAUAUCAAGGACGGUGCAGUACUGCCGUCUCGAGAAGAGACAUUCACCACGGCCCCCCCAGAGACAGGGCUUCUUCCAGUGUUUAUAGACAACGCCGAGCGUAGCAUCCCGGCCGAUGUUCGCGGUCAAGACGCCUUCAGAUACCUCCCCACCAUCGCGUCCCUCGUCCUGGUCGCCUUCCAAACCAGGCACUCCUCUCUUCACCAUCGCUACCUGGGUCUCUUCCACAGUCUCAUAGCAGAGCAAAACCUACACGAGGAAGUCAACUGGCCGUCAACGCUCGCGGAACCAGAGAGGCAGAGAUACCGGCGCGUCUUCUGGUCCAUGUAUCGCCUGGAAGUCCACUCGGCCUUGGUCAUGGGCCAUGUGAUUCGAUGUCCUGAGCAGCAGACCAUGGUUGCAUAUCCCAGCGAUGGCUCGGGGGACUCACAGCCCACAGAAGGAAACUGGCUCAUCGGUUGGAACUUCGUGACGGACCUGUACCGAUCGCUCGAGCAUGUCAUCAACCACUACCGAGUGAAACGGGCCGGCCGGACGGUGGCAGACGCCUACAGCUCUCGUCUCCCACCGCGAGAAUCACCCGCUCUCAACAUCGAGUCAAUACUGUCUGCGCUUCAAGAUGGGUUGGAGUCCCUUCCAAGCGACAUGUUGACCGCCCUGCCGCCUUCUACCAAUGCCAAGGAGAAUCUUUGCGGGUUUCAAGUGGCCAAUAUUCUGCUGAAAACAUUGUGUUUUGCCUGCGACCCCAUGACCUUUAGUUCGGCCUGUGCCGCAGCUCAGCAGAUGAUCGACAGCAUCUCCAAGGUUCCAAGUGCAUAUCUUCGAGCCAUUGGUUCUUGUAUGUUCCAAGAACUUUCUGGAGUUGGGCACCUGCUCAGCGGAUUCAUUGGCCGGCCUCUUCUGUGGACGGAAUACCAAGAGCUUCGCAACCUAAUUGUGUCAAUGUCUACCUUCCUGCGGGAAAUGGACAAUUCAACGGCGAGUGCGGCAAGUCUACUGCUUUCACGGCAUGUUGAUCGCAUCGAUGGGCAUAUUGAGAUAAUGCGUUCCAGCUAUCUGGACGACUCGCAACCUCAAGAUGACUGUCCCUAUGUCGUACCAUCUCUCGAUUGGUUGCAGACGUUUCCCUGGUCAGACAGCCUCGACACAGAUGAGCUGAAAAGUCUAGGCUUGAUUUCAUGA